AAUACCGUUCGGUAAAACUGUCUUCUAAAACUCGAUGUUUCAAAAAGUGAAAAAUUAAAUAUUAAUAAUUCGUGAUACCUUUAUUCGCAUGUGUAGUGUAUUAAUAAGUAACGAAUUGGUGAACCUAAUUAUUAUUGUGUAAAUGUUGAAGAUGAAAAGGAUUUGUCACCUCAUAUUUCGGUUGCUGUUUCUUCUUGAUGGAGGUGUGUGGUCCCUCCGUAACCUUGUGAUCUCUGUACCUCGCGCGGUGCUAUCAGGAGAGGGACAGUCGGCAGUUCUGAGAUGUUCGUACGACUUAGAGGGCGCCGCGCUGUACUCAAUACGAUGGUACCGCGCCGAGACAGAGUUCUACAGAUACGUGCCCAGGGAACUGCCUCCUACUAUGGUGUUUCCCUUACCCGGAGCUAGCGUUGAUUUGGCACAAUCAGACCAUCACCAAGUGAGGAUCGUCAAUUUGAACAGACAUCUCAGCGGCGACUAUCAAUGCGAGGUAUCUGCCGACGCUCCGCUCUUCCACACAGACAUACGCUCAGCUCCGCUCACUAUUGUUGACCCGCCAUUCCGUGCGCCGCGAGUGUCAGUAUCCCAGCGGAACUACGUCAGAGGUGACGUCAUACAAGCCAACUGUUCCGUCGACGAGGCCUACCCAGCACCCAAUAUUACCUGGAUAGUGGACGAUCAGAAAAUAGCGGAGUCAGUGUCCUGGCACACUUCUGAGCUGGACUUCAGGGAGCGAGGAGCGUUCAGUCAGUUGCAGCUCUCAGUUCUGGAAUCUGAGCGAUACCAACUUGGACGAAGCUACACUCACGAUCAUUCGGAGAUGAUUUACCAGCAAAAUUAUAUUAUCAGUAAAGAACAUUCCAGGCAAGAUGUUAGCUACAUGAUGACCCCACCAGAAAGUGGUCACUUUACUCUCGGAUGUAUUGCCACUAUACACGACAUCUACGCUCGACGGAGUGAGGUGCUCGUGAUCAGGGAGGAUGCUCCACGGCCUGCCUCCGUCACUGGAGAGGAAUCUGCAGGUACAGUGCGAACCUACAACGUUGUUCAGACGUCAGUAUUCACCGUAGCAGCAAUGAUCUUCUCGUUAUGACCAGCACACGAUACAAUUAUAUUGUAAACUUAAGUGUUGUGAUUUUUAAUUAAUUACUAUAAAUACGGUGUUUUUACAUGUUUUUUUUUUGCGCCCAGACAAGGGGAAAGGGCUACCUUCGGGAUAACGACGGGAGGGAGGUGGUGAAUACUAAUGCAUUCCGACGCAGCCUAAGUCUGCGUUGGUUAUGUGGGUAUAUUACUCAUGUAAAACCUAAGUGGCUACCCACUAAACACCACCUGAGGUUGGCUUAGGGCAAGUGCCCUCUAAUCCUUCAUGGAAGGCGACCUUCUCUUGGGGAGAGAGGCGCAAACGGCACUCCCUAUGGAGUAUCCGCUGGGAUAUAGCACAGAAGGUGGUGGAAAAAUUGAAUUGGGACUAGUGACAACAGAAAUAUGAUCUAUUACAUGGUGCCAAAUAGUUGUUUUUAUUUGUUCAAAGCGAGCUUAUGCCAGCUAAAUUAAAUGUAGGUUAAUAAUUUAAAAUAUUUUUAAUAAACAUCUAAUAAUUAUUUACGUGUAAUGUUGUUAAUAAUAAUUAAUGUGCAAUUAUAAUAGUAACUUAAUGAA